CGCUCCACCCCCAACUCGCCCACCAGCUGCUCUCCACCAAGAGCUGCUGCUACUACCAUCCAACCGUCCCGUCGCCUUUGCCGACGCCGCCGCCGCAGAUCUGAUCCGCCCUCCGUCCUUCCGUCUUCCAAGAUGGCGAUCACGGUGAGGCGGUCGACGAUGGUGCGCCCGGCGGUGGAGAGGCCGCGGGAGCGGCUCUGGAACUCCAACCUCGACCUCGUGGUCCCGCGCUUCCACACGCCCAGCGUCUACUUCUACCGCCGCCCCGAGGCGGGCGCCGACGGCUUCUUCGACGCCGACCGGAUGCGCCUCGCGCUGGCCGACGCGCUCGUGCCCUUCUACCCGAUGGCCGGCCGCCUCGCGCGCGACGAGGACGGCAGGGUCGAGAUCGACUGCAGCGGGGAAGGGGUGCUCUUCGUCGAGGCCGACGCGCCCACCGCCACCGUCGACGACUACGGCGACUUCGCGCCCACCAUGGACCUCAAGCGCCUCAUCCCGCCCGUGGACUACACCGACGACAUAUCCUCCUUCCCGCUCCUCGUGCUUCAGGUGACCUACUUCAAGUGUGGGGGCGUCUCCCUUGGUGUGGGAAUGCAACACCAUGUUGCUGACGGCAUGUCUGGUUUGCACUUCAUCAACUCGUGGUCUGACCUCUGCCGUGGAGUUAAAAUCGCAGUCAUGCCCUUCAUCGACCGCACUCUCGUCCGUGCUCGUGAUCCGCCGACUCCAUCUUACCCGCAUGUUGAGUAUCAGCCUGCCCCAGCCAUGCUGUCGUCCGUGCCUCAGGCUCUCGGUGGCAAGCCAGUGCCGCCUCCUACUGCUGUGGACAUCUUCAAGCUCACCCGCUCAGAGCUUGGCCGCCUGCGUUCACAGCUCCCCACAGGUGAAGGUGCGCCACGGUUCAGCACGUAUGCAGUGCUAGCUGCACAUGUCUGGCGCUGCGUCUCCCUUGCGCGCAACCUGGCUCCGGAACAGCCCACCAAGCUGUAUUGCGCCACCGAUGGGCGACAACGGCUGCAGCCCCCGCUGCCAGAAGGUUACUUUGGGAAUGUCAUCUUCACCGCCACCCCGCUCGCCGAGGCAGGCAAGGUUACGAGCGGGCUGGCGGAAGGAGCAGCGGUCAUCCAGGGAGCGCUAGACAGGAUGACUGGCGACUACUGCCAAUCAGCCCUGGACUACCUGGAGAUGCAGCCGGACCUGUCAGCAUUGGUCCGUGGAGCACACACUUUCCGGUGCCCCAACCUCGGCCUCACCAGCUGGGUGCGCCUGCCGAUCCACGACGCCGAUUUUGGCUGGGGGAGGCCGGUGUUCAUGGGUCCUGGCGGCAUCGCGUACGAGGGGCUGGCGUUCGUCCUCCCGAGCGCGAGCAAGGACGGCAGCCUGUCCAUCGCCAUCUCGUUGCAGGCGGAGCACAUGGAGAAGUUCCGGAAGCUGAUCCUCGAUGUGUAGAUAGACCGCCGUUUAGAGAGAAGUUUUACAGGGCAACAAAGCUUCAGGUUGCGCCGAACGUUUUUCUGGGGGGGUAUAUAUAUGCCUGGAGUUUCAAAUUAACACAUACUGGAGUUUAUACAGUGGACAGAACAUAAUCUUAUUCUUGUGGGAUAUCAAUAAUGAAUUUAUGUUUUUUUGUGUA